AUGGCAAUUACACUCUUCUAUCUAGCUAACAACAAUGAAAUCCUCUCUAAAGUUAGAGAGGAGAUAGACAGUGUUGCUGAACGAGGCCAAAUGCUGGAAUUUGAAGAUGUCAAUAAGUUAGUUUAUAUGCAGAUGGUCAUCAAAGAAUGUAUGAGAGUGAAGCCUCCUGUUCGAGGUGUUGGGCGGGUCUGUGCUAAAGAUAAUGUGUCUGUGAAUGGCCUGAAUAUUCCUAAAGGAGCGGAUAUCUUUAUACCCAUUAUGGCACUUCACCACGAUUCAAGACAUUGGGACAAGCCAGAAGUUUUCAAUCCUGAACGUUUUUCAUCUGGAUCCAAGGUUAAAAGCUUCUCAUAUUUACCAUUCAUGGCUGGACCAAGGAGUUGUAUUGGCAAAAACUUUGCUAUGCUGGAAGCAAAAAUGAUCAUCUCUCGAGUUGUGCAAGAGUUUGACAUAGAAAAUCCUUACACUGAAAUCACAGAUUUGGAAACUCAUGGACUGAUCACUGCUAGACCCCUUGAUGGAGUCAAACUUAAACUGAACCCCAGGUUUAUUUCAUAG